UAUUCGAAUGUCAAUCUUGUCCGAACCUGACAGAAAACAAACUUUGUAUUGGCUGUUUUAUCAAUACACAAGUGAAUGCCAUAAAUGACAUUUUGUUGACAUAAUUCUUAAGAUUUGAAUGAAUGACUUUUCGUUCAUUUUACAACUGAUUUUAUUGCCAUAUUAUUGAACAACUGGUCAAAGUGUAAAUUUCUAUUCUGUAUUUAUCGAUGAAAGAAGUUUUAGAAACAUGGCUGAUGAACUAUAUGCUAAAAGAAUUCCAGUUGUGUUCAAGUCAACCGACCGUGAAGACAGGAGGGCUUCAGUGUCAAUCAAGAUGGAAAUGGCAACAGUGACUUCACCCACAACACGGAAGGAGCUGGUGGUGAGACUGACAGAUGACAAAGAUCUUUUCUUCCUGUAUACAUUGAGGCUUGGGGAGGAGGAUUUCCAGAGUUUGAAGAUGCAGCAGGGUUUACUGGUAGAUUUUGGAGCGUUCCCACAGAAGUUUAUAGACCUGCUUGAGAUGUGCUUGAAAGAGGAACACAAGGAUAUUCCAAAGUUUGUACUUCAUAUAAUCAGCCAGGGCAGUUACAGUGGAGACAGAUCUACCGCCACGUUAAAUAUAGUUGAGACAAAUCCAUUCAAACAUUUAAACCACCUCUCCCUCAAGUUUGUACCAGGCUCAGAUGCUGAUGUGAAAAAAUACUUGGCUGAUUGUUUGAAACAGUUCAAGGAAACUAACAGUUUACUUCAGCAGAGGCUGGAACAUACAGACACAGAUUUAAAUCACAGAUUGAAAAAUACACAAGAGUUACUUAAUGCAAAGACAAUAGAACUAGACAACUUGAAAGCAGAGUGGACAGCUAAACUCAAUGAUCAGAUUGCCAGACAUAAACAAGAAAUUGCUCUAGAAAAAGAAAGAACUUACCAGCUUCAGUCAAGCAGUCAGCAGAGACAGGAGCAGGAGAGGAGAGAGAUGGAACAGUCACAUAACAAAAUGGUUCAACAGUUAGAAAGUAGACUGUAUGAUAUAGAAACUGUUAAUAAGGAUCUCACUGAAAGGAGAUAUAAAAAUGAGGCAACAAUUAGAGAUCUAAAAUCCAAACUCUCCACUUUAGAGGAGGAAAAUACACAUCUAAAACAAGAUGUACAAAGUCUUAGAAAACAAAAUUCUUCUUUAGAUGCAGAUUACCAUGAACAAGAGAAGAUAAUCAACCAGUUACGUAUGAGAGUUGCUGUUCUUGAGCAAGAAAUCAAGGACAAAGAACAAGUAUUAACAAAAUCUUCAGACUUGUUAGGUGCAGAACAAGAUAAAAAGCGACGAUUUGAAGAUGACAUUGAAAGUCAGAAGAAGGAGAUCAACAAACUUACUAAUAAAAUGAAGGCCAUGUCAGAAGAGCUGAUGAAGGGAAAUGAAAUCAUCAAAAAACUGCAGGGAGAAAUAAAAAACUACCAUGGAAAAAUAAAGUUACGGACACAGAUUGCCACAGAACAAGAAAAGUUACUGAAUGAGAAGGAGACUGAACUAGAGAAGAUACGUCAUGAACUUGCCACCUCAAAAAAUGAUCAAAACCAAAAAACAGAGCAGAACAAAACCCUGAAAGAGAACUAUGAGACUACUGUUCAAAAACUAGAAGAAUGCCGAGAAUUACUAAAGACAAAUGAAAAUGUGAUACAGUGGUUAAACAAACAGAUCAAUGAGACACAGUUACAGCAUCACAGAGCUGGUACAUUUGAAAUGCCAGGAUCCGCUGGUAGCUUUCGACCCUCUGGAGCUGCUCUGCACAACUACAGUACAUCAAGUUAUGGUUCAACACAGAUGUCCAGUCACACACAUCCUGGUGGGGAUAGAGGUAUGGGUGUUGGUGUACCUCGUCCUUACCCCAACCAACACAAAGGUCCUCAGGUUCAGUAUAAUCCUGGUAAUCCCAAAAGGAGUGGUCUCCCCAUACCACAUUCACUACGGAAUGGAGCGCCCCCUAUACCAGAGGAGAUUCGACCAACAAGUCGACACAGUUCACCAGGAUCUAACCAUUCAAAUCACUCGGCGGGGGAUAAAGAAAAUGAUCCACCACUAGACCCAAAAUAUCUGACAAAACGGGAAGAUGCAAUACCAUUACGGGGUGUGUCGUCAACACGAAGUGCUUCACCUCCUGUGAUACACUCUGGUCUAGGCUCGCACAUCAGUUCUCGGCUCAGUCAGCAACAAGUUGUCGUACCUAAAGCAAUGCAUUCUCAACCACCCCCACUAGCGUCAGCGUAUUUUCCAGGUCAGAAAGGAUCUUGAUAGUAGCUGAAACGCGUAGCAAGAAAUGUUCAAUCUCACACAAAGCAAUACUCCUUCUUCACACGUACUUUCUGUAGCCGCCCUCAUGGAAUUAAGUCAGUAUUACAGGAGAGUGAUACCAUGAAAUUUAACAUCAGUUAAAGAAACUCUCUGCUAUACCACCAAGAAUGUAUCCGUCGCAUUUGAGACUGGUUCACGAAAAUUAGUCUCAUGCACUAUCAGACUGUGGCAUGCAAGAUAUAUAUGUAUAGUUUGUUAUAUUUUUUUUGGAGGGGAAAGCAUGAACAAAUGCAAUCGGGUAUGUCACAGUAGAUACACAGAACAAUACUUUGAAAAAUGAGCUCUGUAUACAAUCGGGAAGUAUGAGAAAAAAACAGGUCAAGUGUGAUGAAAAUUUUGGAAUACAUGUAUCAUGUUAUGUACUAUAUGUAGUAUUUAUGUCUAAAGAAAUACCUCACUGAAUACUUUUAUCAUUAUAAAGCAUUGUAGUUAUUCUUGUAAAGGAUACAGUACCAAAUUGAAGUACAUAGAACGAGAGUAACUGCAUGACAGGGGAGCUAAUUUAGAAGCUGUUUUCAUUUAUUUGAAUUUGUGCUAUGUAAUGGCUAUGUAUUUAAUUAAUAUGUUAAAAUAUGUUUUUGUUAUGUAUGUUUUGUUGUAAUUUGUAUCAUGUCAAUGAAAUUCUAUAUGAAAAUUCAAAUGUUGAAAAUAUAUUAUGAAGGAAAAG